GAUUUCUGAUGAAACUGGAUUGGAAUAAUUUUCAUGAACUUUGUAUAUAUAUAUAUAUAUAUAUAUAUUUUAAAAUUUUGCAUUUGACUUAAAGUGCCAUGAGAAAAUUUGCAUAUUGCAAGGUGGUCCUAGCCACCUCCUUGAUUUGGGUACUCUUGGAUAUGUUCCUGCUGCUUUACUUCAGUGAAUGCAACAAAUGUGAUGAAAAAAAAGAGAGAGGACUUCCUGCUGGGGAUGUUCUAGAGCCAGUACAAAAGCCUCAUGAAGGUCCUGGAGAAAUGGGGAAACCAGUCGUCAUUCCUAAAGAGGAUCAAGAAAAGAUGAAAGAGAUGUUUAAAAUCAAUCAGUUCAAUUUAAUGGCAAGUGAGAUGAUUGCACUCAACAGAUCUUUACCAGAUGUUAGGUUAGAAGGGUGUAAAACAAAGGUGUAUCCAGAUAAUCUUCCUACGACAAGUGUGGUGAUUGUUUUCCAUAAUGAGGCUUGGAGCACACUUCUGCGAACUGUCCAUAGUGUCAUUAAUCGCUCACCAAGACACAUGCUAGAAGAAAUUGUUCUCGUAGAUGAUGCCAGUGAAAGAGACUUUCUGAAAAGACCUCUAGAGAGUUACGUGAAAAAACUGAAAGUACCAGUUCACGUAAUUCGAAUGGAGCAACGUUCUGGAUUGAUCAGAGCUAGGUUAAAAGGAGCUGCAGUGUCUAAAGGCCAAGUGAUCACCUUUUUAGAUGCUCACUGUGAAUGUACAGUGGGGUGGCUGGAGCCUCUCUUAGCCAGGAUCAAACAUGACAGGAAGACAGUGGUCUGUCCUAUCAUUGACGUGAUCAGUGAUGAUACUUUUGAGUACAUGGCAGGUUCUGACAUGACCUAUGGUGGAUUCAACUGGAAGCUCAAUUUUCGCUGGUAUCCUGUUCCCCAAAGAGAAAUGGACAGAAGGAAAGGUGAUCGAACUCUUCCUGUGAUUUGGCAGUGUGGAGGAACUUUGGAGAUUGUUACUUGCUCACAUGUUGGACAUGUGUUUCGGAAAGCUACACCCUACACGUUUCCAGGAGGCACAGGGCAGAUUAUCAAUAAAAAUAACAGACGACUUGCAGAAGUGUGGAUGGAUGAAUUCAAGAAUUUCUUCUAUAUAAUUUCUCCAGGUGUUACAAAGGUAGAUUAUGGAGAGAUAUCAUCAAGACUUGGUCUAAGACACAAACUCCAAUGCAGACCUUUCUUGAUACGAAAUGUGGAAACAAAUCAGUGUCUAGAUAACAUGGCUAGAAAAGAGAAUGAAAAAGUUGGAAUUUUUAACUGUCACGGUAUGGGAGGUAAUCAGGUUUUCUCUUACACUGCCAACAAAGAAAUUAGAACAGAUGACCUUUGCUUGGAUGUCUCUAAACUUAAUGGCCCAGUCACAAUGCUCAAAUGCCACCACCUAAAAGGCAACCAACUUUGGGAGUAUGAUCCGGUGAAAUUAACCCUGCAGCAUGUGAACAGUAAUCAGUGCCUGGAUAAAGCCACAGAAGAGGACAGCCAGGUGCCCAGCAUUAGAGACUGCAGUGGAAGCCGGUCCCAGCAGUGGCUUCUUCGAAAUGUAACCCUUCCAGAAAUAUUCUGAGACCAAAUUUACAAAAAAAGAAAAAAAUAAGGAUUGACUGGGCUACCUCAGCAUACAUUUCUGCCACAUUCUUAAGUAGCAAAAAAGGAAGAGUGCUUUCCUCCUGCAGGAUGUAAGGUUUAUCAGCCAUUAAAACUUAAACUGCUCUCUCUUUCACUAGCUGUGAACCGGCCUUCCUGUCCAAGGACGUGAAACUACGUAGUAGCGAGAUUGUGCACACUGAUGUUUACAAGAUUAAAAGAGUCUUUCAUCAAGAAUCAUUGUAAAGAAUAUUCAGACUGAAACAAUCUACGAAAUGUGCUUUCCAGAGAGCUGCACCUUUUAUGGUUUGCUUGCACAUCAGUAAUUUCUGCUGAAUGUGCUGUUAUAAUGAAGAGAUGUCCAAGAUUUUUUUUCUGAUUAGAACUGGUAGCCAGUAUAUUAAAUAUUGAUAUAAAAAUAAAUG